UGGCCCCGCGCGGGGAGGGGAGCCAGGCCCGGGUGAAGGAGAGGAAGGACAGACCUGCGGUCCGGCUGCUGGGCGCCAUGGCUCUGGCUCUGCCUCUGAGGUCCUGCAGCCGCGGCCUGGCGAGUGCGGCCCAGGGCGGCCACGGAGGGGCCGGAGGCGGCACCUGGCGCCUCCUGACCUUCGUGCUGGCGCUGCCCGGCGUGGCCCUCUGCUCCCUCAACUGCUGGCUGCACGCGGGCCACCACGAGCGCCCCCCCUUCGUGCCCUACCACCACCUGCGCAUCCGCACCAAGCCCUUCUCCUGGGGGGACGGCAACCACACCCUUUUCCACAAUCCCCACGUCAACCCUCUGCCCACCGGCUACGAACGGCCCUGAGGCCCCGCGGAGGCCCCGCUCAAUAAAGAUGUGGAAGCCGUG